AAGCUGUACCCACGCCCAGGAUCCCAUCAUGGACAAAUGAUGAACACACAUCCGCAAAAGCAGCGGUUGCGACCUUACGGUGCCCACGACGCCCUGCCUCGGAGUCGCCUCGCGUUCUCGUGGCCCUCCUGGCCCAGCGCGGUGGAACGGCCCGCGCGACGUCACCCAUUGUUUACAAAUCUACCCGAGCCGGCAGGAUUCCGGCAACCCGGCUGCAGGCGCGCCGUGCGAGUACUCUCCGCCCCGGCUCCCGCGUCCCUGGCGCCGGCCCCGGAUCCGGCCCGCCUGCUACCUCCGCCACGGUCCGCCCGACUCGCGGGCAGCCAGGCCGCCACCGUCGCGCGCCAGGGUCCCAGGUGCCCGGGCCAGGGGGCCAUGCCGUGCCGGAGGGAGGAGGAAGAGGAAGCAGGCGAGGAAGCGGAGGGGGAGGAGGAGGAGGGCAGCUUCCUUCUGCUGGAGCAGUCGGUGACGCUGGGCGGCUCGGGAGAGGUGGACCGGCUGGUGGCCCAGAUCGGCGAGAUGCUGCAGCUGGACGCGGCGCGCGACAGCCCCGCCUCCCCGCGUGUGCCCCCGGGGCCGCCGCUGCAGCCCCCGCGACCCCCGGCGGUGUCUCUGAGGGUGCCGCCCGCGCCGGCCGAGGUGGGGAGCCCGGCGCCCCCGGGGGCCCUGCGCUGUGCGCUCGGGGACCGCGGCCGGGUGCGCGGCCGAGCUGCGCCCUACUGCGUGGCGGAGCUCGCCGCAGGCCCCAGUGUGCUGCCCCGGCCUUGCCGGCGAGGAUGGCUCCGGGGCGCUGUUACUUCUCGGCGCCUGGAACAGCGACGGUGGGCCCAGGCUGGCGCCCGCGCCGGCGGCGACGACGACCCGCACCAGCUCCUGCAGCAGCUCGUAGUGUCCGGAAACCUCAUCAAGGAGGCGGUGCGGAGGCUCCAGCGAGCCGUCGCAGCAGUUGCAGCCACCAGCCCCACGAGUGCCCCUGGACCCGGAGGCGCCCGCAGUGGACCAGAUCCCGUCGCCGUGCAGACCUCGGGUGCAGUUCUCUGACCCUGGCCUCCCAGAAUAGGAGGACUCCACCGAGGAGACCCUGCAGCGUUCUUGCCUCUGUCAACCCAGGGUUGAAGCUGCUGUCUCUGCCCUGGGGCAGUGCAGGCUGUGGAAAGAUGCCUGGGGAGAGACCUCAGGCCGAGAAGUUAACGGCCCGGCAAAGUUGCCAGACCAAGCUUAAAGCUUGGAGAAAUGCACGGGCCAGAACGUGUUCUUUCCUCAUGUGAGAACUUCCCCGGCCACCCAAAGCCAAGAACCCGGGGACUUACUGGGGGAGCUGUGGCAGCUACUCGCAUGGACUUGUACCUGACUGACUUAGCCCCUUGGGCCUCGUUUGCUUGGAUUGUUUAAAGAUGGCUUGCAGCCAUAGGGGCGGGAAUCACGAGGGCUUUCUAAAAAUCCUUGAAAAUUAGUGAUAAUGCUUAAAUUUUCUCAUUAUUUUCCGGUGCAGGAGCCUACUGAAGACGGUGCUACAAUUGAUGUGCAAACUAGUUCUGGGGUGAAGAAUGUAAAAACUUGGCGGUGGGUGGGUUGCCAUCGCCCCGUUUCUCCCACUUAAUGAGCAGCUGGUGGAGAGGGAGACAGGAACUCCUGUGGGGAGACAGGCUGGGUGGUGGAGCAUUUUGAAGAUGGGGAAUGUUGAAUUCGAAUAUGCACUCUUAAAUGGUUUGACCUUGCCACCUUUGGUUGAAGGUCACAUUUGCUGUAAGUGGGAGGCUGGGAAGACUCCCUAGAACUAAGCCUGGGUGUCUUUUUCUCUUGCUCCAAGAAGAGCCCUGUCUGCUUUGCCACCACUUGCAGUCUCCCAAGGACACACAGGCUAAGAGGGACAUAGGGGGAGGUUGCUUUUUCUGGGCUUUCCUUUUUCCAGAACUCCUCCUCCUCCUGCUAGGCAGGCCACUCUUGGCCAUGCCUCCAGCUUUCUCAGAAACCUUGUCCUCCCAGCUGUUCUUUCUUACUUCUGAUCUCUGUAGGGUUGGAUGGGAGCCCUGGACACUUUUCUCCUUUUACUGGGCCUUUGGUUCCUCACUCGAAGUUUGUUCUCUCCUGUUGUGCCAGCUUUUCUUUGUGAGUGACUGAAACUGUGAUUCUCCAGGAGGAGAAACCGCUGGCUUUACCCUUGUGAAACUUGACGGCUCUUUAGUUAGGUGCCACCCCUAAACUUUAAGGUAGCUAAACCAAUUUUUUAAAGAUUCAAUGGCUUGUUCAUCCUCCAGGUGUAGCUAUUGAUGUAUACUUCGCACCGGAGUGUCUGAAUUGUGGUGGUCCUAAUUUAUAGGAUUUUUUUUUUUUUGGUACUGGGGAUCGAACUUGGGUCCUUGCGCUUGCGAGGCAGGCAGCAGAACCACUGAGCUAAAUCCCCGGCCCUAAGAUUUCUUAAUUAAAAAUGUCUGCUA